AGGGGCACAGGACGGGGAGCUCUGCCAGGAGACGGGACUGAGGGGCAGGAGGGCCCGGGCUGCUCACAGAGGGAGGAGGAGUCAGCUGCCCAAACAGAGAAGUCCAUGCGGGCGUGGUGGGGAGAAAGCCCACGCUCUGGGCUCUGCUUCCUUCCCUCUCUGCCUGGCUUCCCUGGGCGCCCAGACCACAGGGACCCGAGCUGACAGCACAGUGACCUGCGAGCUGAGUCUGCAGAUCUGAGCCUGCAGGCAGCAUCCUGAGAACCCUCACAGCUGGGGCGAUCAUUGGCCAUGGGAGGGUCCAGGGGGUAGGGGUCAGCUGAUGGGAAGGGACCCUCUCGGAGAGGCCCUGACAGGACAUGGCCUGGUCCCCACCCAAGGGCCCCUCAGGAGGGCACUGGGGCUGGCUGCUCACUUAGCAAAUGAGGGUGAGCCUUCUAUGUGGGGCAGUUCCCCUUCCUGUCGGGGUGCUGACAUGACAAGCUUGUCACAGAGAGGCCCAGCCCUGAGAGAACACACUGUGUGUCUGUCCAUCCUGCUGCUCUCAGAGGGACCUCUGGGCUCAGAGGAGGACACACCAUGACCCCCAUCCUCACAGCCCUGCUCUUCCUGGGGCUGAGUGUGGGGCCCAGGACCUGUGUGCAGGCAGGAACCCUCCCCAAACCCACCCUCUGGGCUGAGCCAGGCCCUGUGGUCCCCUGGGGGAGCCCUGUGACCAUCUGGUGUCAGGGGACUCUGGGGGCCCAGGAGUUCCAUCUGAAUAAAGAGCAAAGCCCAGCACCCUGGGUCAUAGAGAUCACGCGGACACCCAGUCACAAGGCCAAGUUCUCUGUCACCUACUUGGCAGAGCAGCAAGCAGGGAUAUACAGGUGUCUCUAUCUCAUCUCCUCUGACUGGUCAGAGAUCAGUGACCCCCUGGAGCUGGUGGUGGUGACAGGAUCCUACAGCAAACCCUCCCUGUCAGCCCUGCUGAGCCCUGUGGUGACCCCAGGAGGGACCAUGACCCUCCAGUGUGCCUCAGGGCAGAGAUUUGACAGGAUGGUUCUGACUCAGCAAGGAGAAGACACGUCCCCCUGGACCCUGGACACACAGCCACACCCCAGUGGGCAGGUCCAGGCCCUGUUCCGUGUGGACCCUGUGACCCCCAACCACAGGGGGACCUUCAGAUGCCAUGGCUAUUACAGGAGAAGACCCCAGGUGUGGUCAACCCCCAGUGAGCCCCUGGAGCUCCUGGUCUCAGGUGAGGCUGACCCCCCCAGCCCCAUAUGGAACAAGCCCAGCUCUGAGAAUGUCCCUCCCCUUGAAGACCACACAGCCAUGUCCACAGUAGCAGCCACUCAGCCCCAGGACCACAGGGUGGAGAACCUGAUCCGGAUGUGCGUGGCUGUCUUGGUGCUGCUGGCCCUCGGGGUCCUGCUGUGGGAGGCUCGGCACAGCCAGAGGAGCACCCAGGGUGCCGCCACUGGCAGGAGGGACCCCCGGGGGUCCCAGGAACCAUCCUGAGGGGAGGAUCCUGGGGUCUCUCUGGGCCUGGGAGGCUCUGAAGCAAAGCCACAGCAUGUGCUGGUGAGCCGAGUGCUGAAAGCCUCAUGGAGGGUGACAGAGCUUGUCAGGAGAGAGUCGGGGUCCCCAGGGGGCUUCCCUGUUAAAGCUGCUGCUCCCCCUGCUGCCUCUGCCUCUGUCUUCUCACCCCGUGACAGGAGGGGAUGGCACAUGCAGGUCUGGUCCUCACCGUCACACUGCCCUGCUGUCCCUGUCCUGCCUUUCUCGUCCCUGCUCUGUGUCACCCCCACCCUUCCCCUGACAGACUGUGUCUGUCCCAGAAUAAACAAGCGACGUAAGUU